CAUCCAGCCAGCACCAUGAGACCUGUGUCACCUUUCCAGCUCCUGCUGGUGCUCAGCCUAGCACCACAGCCAGUGCCUGGAAGUCCCAAGCAAUACUUUCUGAAGUAUAUCCUGGAACCUCCACCAUGCAGAUCGGAGCCCGAAGAGUGCAACAUAUUCUGUACACAGCAGGAGGAAUGCCUUGAACCCCUUCAGUGCUGUUCUGCCUACUGUGGGAUAGUGUGUACCUUAAACCAAGCCCCAGUACUAGGGCCCUCCUAAGAUUCCCCUCUCCCAGCCCUGGCACCGGAGCUGCUGCAGAGGCCAACAGCAGAGCCUCUUGCCCACGACUGUGAUGAGCCUUCUUUCAUUUUUCUUUCUUCUUGUUGUUUCUGCCAUAUCACCAGCCUUGUCUCUGCCUUUACCAAGAAUGAUUUCCACAGAACUCCUAAUUAAAAGAGCAUGCUCAACUCUCAUCCCCCCAGCACCGAAGCUGAGAAUCUCUGCCCCUGUCUCUGAAC